AUGGUGGUUUGUCCGGGAUACAACAACGACAGCGACGACGAAGAGGUCCUGCCGGCCGACUUUGUAAUCAAGCUCGAGAAGUCCUCGCCAGUCGCACCAAUGCGCCCAACCUACGACCCUCGAGUCUCGCAUCCAGAAAUAAUCAAACAGUACUCGCCAACCAGACCAAUGCGCCCAAACGACGAGCUUCGGAUGCCAAAUCCAUCGGCGCGCAUGUCAGUCCCGCAUCCCAAAGUAAGCACGUCCGUUCCGCAUCCUACGACAAGCACGUACGCCGUACCGACCAACGCGCAGCCGGCGGUGGCAGGAAAGCAGCCACGCGACGGAAAGGUGUUGUCGCCGUCGUUGCGGCUUAGGAGGCAACGUAUAUCUCCCCAAAUGCAUUGUCCGGGAGUCCAGCUAACAAUGUCAGCGCACAACGGCACUACGGCUGGGCUGCACCCUCGGAAGACUCACAAGGUAGCGAAGCCUCAACCCGCAGCACACUCCAAGCAACUGCCGCCAACCAGUAUCCCGCACUACUACAAGGCUUUCGCAGACCUCGCAGAUGCCGGGGCCGCGUUCGGGGGUGCUUCCACACAGGUCAAGGCCGUGAUCGAUGCCGCGAUGGACGAGAAAGAUAGGGAGAUCUCUGAUCUGAAGCAACGUGUCGCUGAGCUGCAAGCAAGAAACACGAAGCUAGAGGAGCGAGAUGCGGAGAAUAUGAGGGAGCUGGCGAUCAAUCAACUGCAGACGGACAAUCUGGUGAAGGUCGUCGAGGCAAACGACAAGCUGAAGGAUAUGAUGCGCAGCAUUGACUGGCAGCAAGUCCACAUGCUUACCGAUGAGGUCGAUGCCGCCGUGUACGCCAUGGUUCCUCCAUGA